AUGGCAGUGAAACAGACAAAGACCGCUGUGGUUACAGGCGGAGUUUCAGGAAUUGGAUACGGUCUGGUUCAGAGUUUACUCUCGAAGUCCAACUGGAGGGUCGUCAUCGCCGACAUCAGACCAGAAGCAUACAACGCCAUCUCGUCAACACUAGAUCCUGAGCGACAUCUAUUCGUCGCCACGAACGUGGCAUCAUGGGACGAGCAGGCCGCGCUAUUCAAGAAAGCAUUCGAGUGGUCUGGGGGUCGCCUGGACUUCUUUGCCGCCAACGCCGGCAUGGCCGAAAGCGACCACAUCACGCAGGGCAACUUCUCUCAGGGCUGGGACCUAGACGGCGAGCCGCCGAAGCCAAACCUCACCACGAUCGAAGUCAAUGAGAUUGCCGUGUUCUACGGUCUGAGAUUAUUUGUGCACUACGCCCGCAAGACGAAUGUGGCACUCAAAGCCGCGUCGGGCUCCUCUCCAGCACCAUUCAAUCCUAAGGUAGUCAUCACGGCAUCCUGUGCAGGGAUCUACCCGUUCCCUCUCGCACCGGCAUACAACUCAUCGAAGCACGGCGUCGUGGCACUCACGCGAAGCGUCGGCAAGCCACUGCUCGCCAGUGACAACAUCGCCGUCAAUUGCAUCAUGCCCGGCUACGUCGACACAGGCCUGAUACCCAACCAAGUAACCGCCCUCUGGCCGAAGCAUUACAUCACGCCGAUCAGCACUAUGGUGCGUGCCUACGAAGAACUGAUAUCCGAAGACGGCGCCGUCGCCCAGGACGGCAAGAGCGACGGCCCUAAUGGAGUGGUCAAGGCGGGCCAGAGCGUCGAGUGCGUUGUGGAAAAACUCUUCUACCGCCAUCCCGUCCCCUAUGCGGACGAGAGUCAGGAGUUCCUCAUUGAGCAGACUUUCUUGCCCGAUGGAGUGUGGGUCCGUGGGAUGCAGGCGGCGCUGGGGGCGGCGGCGACAGCGGCAAAAGCAUGA